AUGUCUUUGUUUCAAGUCAUGAAAAAGGGAACGUCAGAAGGGGACGUCAGAAGGGGACGUCAGAAGGGGACGUCAGAAAGGAAAUGUCAGAAAGGAAAUGUCAGAAAGGAUAUGUCAGAAAGGAAAUGUCAGAAAGGAUAUGUCAGAAAGAAAGAAAGGGAACGUCAGAAAGGAAAUGUCAGAAAGAAAGAAAGGGAACGUCAGAAAGGGAACGUCGGAAAGAAAGGGAGGGUCAGAAAGAACGAAAGGGAACGUCAGAAAGGAUACUCAGGAAUGUGUAUUUUAUUUCUCCUGGCAUACAGUCCAUCUGUUCUCGGCGGAUGUAAAACUAUAAUCAAGAAGAAUGUAACUUUAGAUGGCAAAUUUAAUGCUGAGAAGACACCAAUCGUGUCGACAACUGCCAUAUUUCAGAUAGGUUGUGCUAGUGAAUGCAAGAAACCCUGUCAAUCUCUCUACUACAACGGUAGAUCCAAGAAAUGUUUGAUUUACGAUUCGCCAGUAGAUUCUGAUUUAGACAAAUAUGUGGCUGAUUCUGCUGCCGAGAAUUGGUCUAAAAUUGUGAAAUGUUCGACCGAACCCGUACGAGGUUGUAAAGGAGGAUGGUGUUUAUUGUAUCCUAUAUUAAUAGCUGUGGUAGUAUUAGUUAUUAUUGUUCUGGUAGUGAUUGUAGCUCUCUGUCUUAAAAAACGUUAUCAAGCUCAUUCACAGUCUCAGUAG